UAAUGAAGCACUUCGGCGCUCAUCCCAGACAGCAUUUCGUUUUGGGGACAGUCAAUUCCUUCGCCGCCAUCCCCAUGUUGUCGAAGAGCAUUCAACGAUUGUCGCGAAGCUAUGCUUCCAAGGCCGCUCCUUCCUCAUUUCCUGCGUAUGUCUUGAAUGCGCCCGCAACGGAAGUGACGACGUUGGCCAACGGCCUCCGCGUCGCGUCAGAAGGUGGCCAUGGCGAAACGGCCACCGUCGGUGUCUGGAUCGGUGCCGGCUCCCGCUACGAAACGGAAGCAAACAACGGGGCCGCGCACUUCUUGGAACACAUGGCCUUCAAGGGCACGGCCAAGCGCACCCAGCAACAAUUGGAAGUAGAAAUCGAAAACAUGGGUGGCCACUUGAACGCGUACACGUCGCGCGAACAAACCGUGUACUACGCCAAGGUGUUCAAGAAGGACGUCCCCCAAGCGUUGGAUAUCCUGUCGGACAUCUUGCAAAACUCGAAGCUCGACGAAGCUGCCAUCGAACGCGAACGUGAUGUCAUCUUGCGUGAAAUGGAAGAAGUGAACAAGCAGCAAGAAGAAGUCAUUUUUGACCGUUUGCAUGAGACCGCGUUCCUCGGCAACGGCUUGGGCCGUACCAUCUUGGGCUCUGAAGCCAACGUUCGCAGCUUGACCAAGGGCGACCUCCAAGACUACAUCGCCACCCACUACACCGCUCCCCGAAUGGUGAUUGCCGGUGCCGGCGCCGUCGACCACCAGCAAUUGGUCGACUUGGCUCAGCAUUCCUUCGGCAACUUGCCCACGGAACCCCGUGUGCCCGUGCCUGAGUUCGGACCCGUCAAGUUUGUCGGUUCGGACAUCCGAAUUCGCGACGACGACCUGCCUUUGGCCCACGUCGCGAUUGGUUUCGAAUCGUACGGCUGGACGUCGGAGAACUCGUUCCCGUUGUUGGUCAUGCAAACUUUGUUGGGCAGCUGGGAUCGCACGUCGAGCGCUGGCUUGAACGCGUCGUCCAAGCUGAGUCAAGUCGUGGCCGAGCAAGAGUUGGCUCAUUCGUUCAUGACCUUCAACACGUCGUACCAAGACACUGGUAUCUUCGGCGUGUACGCUGUCGCCGACAAGUACAAGUUGAACGACUUGACGUGGUACGUGAUGGAAUCGCUGGUCCGCUUGGUCCACAAGACGUCGGACGACGAAGUCGAACGCGCCAAGACCCAGUUGAAGGCGUCGAUCCUCAUGCAAUUGGACGGGUCGUCUGCCGUCGCGGAAGACAUUGGCCGCCAAUUGUUGGUGUACGGUCGCCGCUUGACUCCGGCCGAAAUCUUUGCGCGCAUUGACGCCGUCGACGCCGCCGCUGUCCGCAAGGUUGCCGACGAUGUCAUCAACGACAAGGAACACGCGUUGGCCGCCGUGGGUCCGAUCCACGAAUUGCCCGACUACAACUUCAUCCGCCGCCGUUCGUACUGGGUGUCGCGUUAAGGUUCGCACGCCUCCAUGUGAACAAAUUAAACCACACCACCACACGUCGUUGGAUAUUAGACAUCGUAAUUCUUGUGCUCCUUGUGCUCGAGUGACUGUUUGCAGUCUCCUCCUUCCUCUGUCGCUCUCGUCCAACGCGAUGUCCUGUGUCAGGGCUGUGCUAGCUCUGCUUCGACACUGCUACCAGAGUGCCACCGCGCUCACGUCUGCGGUGCCAUUUCGUCGAACCGAAGCAACGCUGGCUUGACCCACGAGCUCUCUCCCGUUUUCAAGUUGUAGUAAUAACAUGUCUGCGAGUCCGCGUCGACGAACUUUUGGUACGUUGAGGCAAUCAAAGUCGCAAGUCGCCGUCGCGCGAGCCGCACACGAUAUAUCCCUUGAAGCUUGGUGGCCGCAGCUUCCCGUUGCCGCGGAGUAUUGAGACCCGUCAGAAAUGCCUUGGCAUCGCCCUCUUUGCGACGACGUAAACGCGGGAACUGGUCUGCGAGAUCGCUGGUGCCCAAGAGCACCGGCUUGGUCCAUUGACUCUGGCCUGUCUUGGAGUUGUAGUAAUAAUACUGUUGCGAGUCGGCAUCCAAGACCUUUUGGUACGUUUGGGCAAGGACGUGACGAAGGUGGCGGCGGGCAUUGCGAACGCGAUAGAGAGACUGGAUUUUCAUCGCGGCGACGUCGACUCGGCGAGACGUAGGCAAGGCUGAAUAAUCCGUUGGGGGGCUGGGGUUGGUCGCAGGGCCGCCCCUCACCGUCAAGGCUGCACGCACUGGAUUGGGAAUGUCAGCAUCGCCCAGCAGCCUCGGUUUGGUCCAGUGGCUCUCUCCCGUCUUGGCGUUGUAGUAGUAGCACAUGUUCGUGUCUGCGUCGAACACUUUUUGGUACGUCUGGGCGAUCAGAACGUGCAGGCGACGGCGCGCGUUGCGAGUUCGAUACAGCCCUUGAAUUGUGACAGCAGCAACUUCCAUCCGUCGACUUGUUGGGAGUCUGGCAAGGGUGCAGCUGCCGUCCUUCAACUUCUUGUAUGUCUGUCGGGGGGUUGGAGUGGUGGAGCUCAGCGCCACUGGAAUGUCGCCCGACCCGAGCAGUGUGGGCUUGACCCACUGACUUGAGUUGGUUUUGGUGUUGUAGUAGUAGCAUUGGUUGGUUUCUGGAUCGAAGACCUUUUGAUACGACUGGGCAACUAGCAACUUGAGCUUGUUCGUGGCGGCUUUCUUUCGAAACAAGCUUUGGAUCUUCACUGCAGCCGCCUCCAGUCGACGCGGGGCGUCCAGGUUACCAAGUCGAUUCAGUGGGGGGGUCAUCUUCGGCGUGCUGCACGACCCGGCGUACUUCCACAGCCUUGGCGGGGUCCACUGGCUCGUUUGAGUCUUUGCGUUGUAGAAAAACACCAUGUUCGUCGUCGGGUCCACGCACUUUUCAAAUGAAGUCGCCACGAGCAACUGCAGUCGCCGCUUGGCCUGGCGGGAGCGACACAACGCCUGAAGCUUCGUUGCCGCAGCAUUUCGCUGGGAUGCCGCAGCCUGCUGUUUGUUCACCACCACUCGCUGGACCUCAACAAGCACACAGCGCCAUUUCGUCUUCAGUCGGCGGUACCAUCCCUGGAUGCGUGUGGCCGCUGCGACUAGGCGCUCAGGUGGGUGGGGACUCGAAAAGACGUGGAAUGGCAAACGAUAUACACCAGUACUGGAAUCGCCAACAAAUUCCAACUGCGGCUGCGUUGCUUUGACUUUGCGAUCGUACACGUAGAAAAACUGGCCGGGAAACACGUCGUGGGGGCGCUUCACGUAGCGAUAUCGAAUAUAUCCCCUGCAGACUUUGAUGCGGAGUUGAGUCUGUGCAAACCGGCGCUGGCGGUGGCGGCGAAACCACAGCGAAAUGCGGCAUGCCGCGGAUGCUCGACGUAAGCGACCUUGCGCUUCAUCCGCAGCAAUGCGCUCGAUCUGAUGUUUCGUGGUUGUGACAGCGUAAUCAGUUUGAGCGAGCUGACUCAAGUGGUCGCGCACUCUCUGGAGUGCUGCCUUGUCUCGACCGAUCGCGCGUUCGAGUUCCCGCUUCGUUUGACAAGCAAAUUUGAACACGUCGUCGUUUUGAAACGCGUGGGCUUGGGCUUGAGCUUCGACGUGGGCAAGGAUUUGAGUGUUGGCGACGAUGUCGGCCGCGAGCAUGGCGUCUUUCGCCUUGAGCUCCGCGAUAGCUUUCUCCAGCGUCGGUCCCCACACUAGGUUGAUUCGAGGUGUGGGCAAUAUUGCAUUGGGGGUCGACCCUUUUGCAUUUUCGAUGCGCGGGGAACGAGUGAGUAGAGGCAGCGAUGCCACGUCGCGGGGACGUAUGUGCGACUGGCGUCGUUGCGGUUGAGUCAGGUGGCUGACGACUUGAUCUUCUUCUCUCUGGUUUUCGUUGGGCUCGGCCUCGCGAUGUGGUUUGGUUGUUUGCCCCGUGAGACUGAUGCUUGGAAGUGCUUGACUGCCCCAAAACCAUGCUUGAGUCGACGACGACUCGGGUGUAAUCCCACAUUGUUUGACCGUUGUUCGCUUGACCUCCUUGGGUUUCGACCGUUUGGUGGCUUUUUGUAAAUGCAGCUUCUGACCGCAUUGAUCGCAAAACUUGAAAGUCAUGGGACAAACGGCAUGGCACUUACGACAGUCGAUGGAGCGUUCUCGUCCAUCCUCUUUGGCGGCUGCUUUGUGACCCAUGCAUGUGUGGAAUGCCCAUCACAUC